AUGAUAUUAAUACCAUUUAUUUAUAUUUUUUUAAUACUAUCAGCCACUCUUUGUAAAGAGUAUUACGAGCUAUACUACGGGGAGGUUCGUAUAUUAGAGCCGGAUGAAGUGGAUAAUGAACACGAUAACGAUAAUCGUGUAAAAGAAGAAUUAAAAAACAGUAGUAAUAUUAGUGAUAGAAAUGAAAUUCAUAAACAUAUUUUAAAGUUUAUUGAAUAUAGUGUUGUAGAUCUUAAUAAAUCACAAUAUGACCAGUUUAAAUAUAAAUCAUAUAUAACCAGACUUAAUUGGAAUGGUGAUACACUACCUGAUAAAAAUGAAUUUCCACCAUUUUUGACAAUUUUAAAUUUGUUCUAUUGUUAUAAAAAGUUAACUCCAACAACUUUACCAAAUACAAUAACUACACUCAGAUUCGGUUAUGAAUUUAACAAAGUAAUUCUACUCGACACAUUACCAAAUAGUCUUACAACACUCACAUUCAGUCAACGUUUUAAAAAAGUAGUUCAACCCGGCACAUUACCAAAUAGUCUCACAACACUCACAUUCGAUCAUUAUUAUAACCAAGUAGUUCCACCGGGUACAUUACCAAAUAAUCUCACAACACUAACAUUCGGUAAUGAUUUUAACCAAGUAAUUCUACCCGGCACAUUACCAAGAUCACACGUUAAGUGCCUCCCCGCGGCGUAG